GCAGCUAAAGAGAAAUAGUGAACAUUCACCAUCAUAGUGAGGCUCACUGUCAUCUGGACACUUGAACUGACUUCGCAGCGACUUCACCCACAGGAAAGAAUGGCUCAAGCAGACAUCGCACUGAUUGGUUUGGCUGUCAUGGGCCAGAACCUCAUCAUGAAUAUGAAUGAUCAUGGCUUUGUGGUCUGCGCCUACAACCGAACUGUGUCCAAGGUGCAUGACUUCCUGCAGAACGAGGCCAAAGGCUCCAAGGUGAUUGGAGCCGAGUCCCUGGAGGACAUGGUGUCUAAGUUGAAGAAGCCCAGGAGGGUCAUCCUGCUGGUUAAGGCUGGACAGGCUGUGGAUGACUUCAUCGACAAGCUGGUUCCUCUUCUUGAAGCUGGGGACAUCAUCAUUGACGGUGGCAACUCUGAAUACAGUGACACAACGCGGAGGUGUGGGAGUCUGAAGGAGAAGGGCUUGCUGUUUGUUGGCAGUGGAGUCAGUGGUGGAGAGGAAGGGGCACGUAAAGGACCUUCGCUCAUGCCAGGUGGACAUAAGGAGGCCUGGCCACACAUAAAAGACAUCUUUCAGAGCAUUGCAGCCAAGGUUGGAACAGGAGAACCUUGUUGUGACUGGGUUGGAGAUGAUGGCGCAGGUCAUUUUGUGAAAAUGGUCCAUAAUGGCAUUGAGUAUGGUGACAUGCAGCUGAUCUGUGAGGCCUAUCACCUGAUGAAGGAUGUUUUGGGUAUGGACCAUGAUGAGAUGUCACAGGCUUUUGACAGCUGGAACAAAACAGAGUUGGACUCCUUUCUGAUCGAGAUCACAGCCAACAUCCUUAAAUAUAAGGAUGCUGAUGGAACACAUCUGCUGCCCAAGAUCCGAGACAGUGCAGGGCAGAAAGGCACAGGGAAGUGGACGGCCAUUUCAGCCCUGGAUUAUGGCACACCUGUUACUCUGAUCGGGGAGGCUGUCUUUGCCAGAUGCCUCUCCUCUCUGAAGGAUGAGAGAGUGGAAGCCAGCUGCAAACUUACAGGACCAACGGGGGUGAAAUUCAGCGGCGACAAGGCCGCCUUCCUAGAAGACAUCAGAAAGGCCCUCUAUGCGUCCAAGAUCAUUUCCUACGCACAGGGCUUCAUGCUGCUGCGGCAGGUAGCCAAAGAGUUUGGCUGGACCCUCAACUAUGGCGGGAUCGCUCUGAUGUGGAGAGGAGGCUGCAUCAUCAGAAGUGUCUUCCUGGGUGAAAUCAAAGAGGCAUUUGACAGAAAUGCCGAGCUGCAGAAUUUGCUGCUGGACAGCUUCUUCAAUAAAGCCGUGUUGGCCUGUCAGGAGUCAUGGCGCAAAACGGUGAGCACUGGAGUGCAGCACGGUAUCCCCAUGCCAUGUUUCACCACAGCGCUGUCCUUCUACGAUGGUUACAGACACGAGAAGCUGCCAGCCAACCUGAUCCAGGCCCAGAGAGAUUACUUUGGAGCUCACACGUAUGAGCUGUUGUCAAACCCUGGCACUCACAUCCACACUAACUGGACGGGCUCUGGCGGAAAAGUUUCCUCUUCGUCGUACAACGCUUAAGCCCCGCCCUCUCGGCAGUGAAACAAACGCAAAGAAGACCAUAGACCGAGUAAGAAGUUAGCUGGGCAAGAUGUCACACAUUCAACUUUUUAUAUGCUACCGUUACACAUGAAUAUUUAACUUAAACACAUGCCCGACAUUCACCAUCAACCUUCUUUUUAGUCUUUAAAAGGUGUGUUGCACUUUAAUUUAUCAAGAAGUGGAAAUCAUGGAUUGAUGUGUUCCAAACUCUCACUGUGUAUACUUAGCAACUGUUAUUAUUAAGACAGGGGGAGUGAAAAAAAGUGUUUGGUCUGUCUUAAAACUGUGGACAUUAUGCUGAUUAUCAGGCUAACGUUGGGUCCAAGGUUCACAGUGUUAACCCUGGAUUAAGGUGAAGCGUUGCACGGUACUGUAUUAGGCUAAAUAAAGAUUUGAAUCCCUUUAUAA